AUUCUAUAAUGAUGGAGAUUGUAUUGUGGGUGUCAAUAGAAGUGACGGCCAUAUUUGCCGGUGCUGCUUCUCUCUGCUGUAAACAAAAAGUGACUGUGAGACGGACGCUUCGCUCAAUUUAGGGACAUUUUUAUUUCUCUAAUUUAUGAUGUCUUUAGGAAUGUCUUACAAACCAAACCCCCACCAGCACAUUCCGGGAACUUCUGGGAACCAAGCUGGAAACCUUCCCUCUCCAUCAUCCAGCAUCUCGACAAUUCAGUCAUAUAAGCCGAUUAUAAAUGACUUUGGGCUGCCGUCUUUUGGAUUCUCCCAGGGGCCCAAUGGAAUCCAAGCUCCUCAGAGCAAAUAUGCAGAACUUCUAGCAAUCAUCGAAGAGCUCGGAAAAGAAAUAAGACCAACUUACGCUGGAAGUAAAAGUGCCAUGGAACGACUCAAAAGAGGAAUCAUUCAUGCAAGAGGACUGGUACGAGAAUGCCUGGCAGAGACUGAAAGAAACGCUCGAUCUUAGUCACUAAAUCCUGCCUCUCGCCAAACAGCAGAACAAUUCUUUUACUACUUUUACAGAAGGGUGCUGCAUGGCUUUCCCAUUAUGGGGGGAUAAAACAAUCAAAUUUUAUUCUUUGAGUAUUGUAAUUAACGCAUGGGUCAGGGGUCUUGCAACGUCAUUCAGAGAAUCGAUCCUCUCUGUAAUGAUUGCAGCAAAACAGGUUUGUUUGGUGCCAUUUAUGGAUUUAUUUGUCUUAUUAUGUAUGUAUUUUUUUGUAACAUACGAACAAACAAGCUAACUGCAUGCAAUUGGGGGUCGGAGCAGAGUUUGAACGUGCAUGGCUUUUACAGGUUUUCAGUAGGGAUGUCCUCUUAAAUUUGAUUGAGUUUUGGGAUCGAGUGAUUGGUCCUUGUUUUUCUUUUCAGUUGGGGUUAAAAUGAGGAUGAAUCUGUUACGUUAUCUGAUUUUUUCUUUAUUUAUUACCUUGUGUAAUAAAAUGUAUUUAACUGUAUAAAAGGUCACUUUUUGAAAUUUUGUAAAAAGAUCAAUAAACAUGACA